UCCAAUUGCAGAGCAAAACAGUUUCGCGUCGGAGUUUUUCGCUCUUUGUUUUUUGUGGUUUUUCGCGAUAAAAAGUGCGCGUUUGCCGAGUUCUAAACAAAACAUCCCGCAAAACUGGAGAAGUGGAAGAGAACGCGCAAUUCCACCAAGAAGAUGGACCAGCGAGGAGGUGGCGUUGGCGCAGGGGGCGGAGGAGGGGGUGGAUCGUCAACGGGCAACAACAAAUCAGCUGCUGGAAGUAACGCCGCUGGAAGUACCGCUGCUGCAGCUUCUUCUGCGGCGCCUGUUGAUAAGCCAACGAUUUUGGAAGGAGUGCUCCACAACAUCUUCGAUGGACUCACGGACAAGGACGAGCAGGUGCGGUUGGCCAUGCAGCAGGCGAUAGUGAAGAUCCUGGAAACCCAUCCUGAACGGGCAGCGGAGAUCCUCAGCGAUCACCGAUCGCAGCAGCCCAAGAUGAGCGACCAAACGGUGGCCAUGUUGCUGGACUGCGUUCGUCGCGUUGUGGGAGCGGAGACCCCCCUGCCGUCAGCUGCCAAUCAGAAACUGAUUGCCUUGGCCCUGCAGGAGCUCACCAGAAAUCCGGAGCAUGUCCCGCUGAUACAGAAUCCAGCCCAGCGCAUCCUGGUGGCCAUCGGACGCAGCAGUCCCGAGAGCUGCGAGCAGGUGAUGGAGGCUCUCCAGGAGAAGGAAACGAACUCCGAGGGUGUGGCCCACUUCAUGCUGAUGCAGUGCCUCGGACUGCUGGCCACCGAGAACCCGGCCGGAGUGGUGCCCCACAUAAAGUCCAUAUUGAGUCGAAGUCAGCCGCAUCUGGGCGGGAUUCGACAGGACCACAUCAAGCAGGCACAUGCCUACGCCAUCGGCAGGUUCAGCGAAGCUCUGCUGGAGGAGGGCGGCAAGGGAAAGGAGGAGGGCAGCUGCUCCACGGAGAUUAGUGUGGCCUACGAUGUGCUCUUCAACCAGUGGCUUCAGUCCCGGGAGCCCAAGGUCUGCAUGGAGAUUCUGCAGGCCCUAUCCAGCAUGUAUCCCCUGCUGCCCAAGGAUCGGAUCAAGGAUCAGGCGGCCAGACUGGUGCCCCAGAUCCUCUCCCUCUACCGCCGCAGUGUGGACAGGAACGCGGUUACCCAGUUUCUGUGCUCCGUGCUGAAGACAAACCUGACGCUCAAUCCCACAGUUCUGGAUGGCAUAAUUGAGCCGCUGGUCACGCACUUGUUCGAUCUGGUCUGCGUUUAUCCGGACUACGAGAAGCCGCAGACGGUCAAGGGCCACUACGAGGUGCUGCGCUGCUUCCACCUGCUGGCCGGUCAUCAUCCCUACUCCACCAGGAUCAUGGACACCCUGCUGAUUCACCUGCGGAACAACAGCGAGCGGGAGCGGAUGAAGUCCCUGCUGAUACUCACCCAUCUGCUGAACUCGUGCGCGAGCAACAUAGAGAACCGCAUUCCGGCCAGCAUUGAGUGCCUUAAGCAGCUGAUACUGAGCGAGCGAAGCAUCAAGAUGAAGCUCACCCUGCUGAAGACCAUUGUGGCACUCGCCCAAAAGUCGCACAUCCGCGACAAGGAGUUCGUGUGGUUCGUGGUGCGGCACAGCUGCCGCUACUCGAAGCCCAGCCAGGAGCACGGCAGCCCGGAGGAGCACUCCAAUCUGGUGCUGAGCUGCGAGAACACCCUGUACAUGCUCGCCUCCACGGUGGGCACUUUGGACGAGCUGCUCAAGCGGGAGCUGCUGAACUACCUAAUCCUACUGGACUACACGGACAUUUGCGGUAACCUGGCCAAGUGUCUGGCCAGCUUGUUUGCCAAAUCUCCGCACAUCGAGUACGACAUUGCGGGCGAGGAUGCGGCCACCGAGCAGACCACUCCCGAUGGAGCCGCUGGCGAGGAUCGCAGUGUGAUCAAGCGCGGCAAGGUGAUGGUUCCGGGAGCGGAGACAAUUUACGCGCGGUGUCUGGCACUCCUGGGCAACCAGCAGUGCAUCAAACGCUGCUCGAAUAUCCUCAGUUUCCUGCGCUACUACCAUCCCCAGGUGAAUCCCGCUCUGGAGGAGCUGUGGGAGCGAAGGAUUCCGGAUCUCCUGCUGCAAAUCAACAGGGAGACCACCUACCGCCAGCUGCUGCACGAUUUUGUGCUGGAAACGAACGAGUUCCUGGGCGGACUGGACGAGAACUUCCCCCAGCGGCUGGCCAGUAAGCUGGCGGACCAGAUGUACUUGUAUCCCAUGCAGCUGCCCCACUCCGAGUGGCAGUUGCCCGAUUUGAGUGCCGAGCGGGGCAUGCUCCUGCAGUCGGUGGCCCUCACCCUGCUCCAGGUGACCGAUGUGGCCUGCAUCCACACCAAGAUCGAUCUCAUUGUGACGAGUGCGCGGCAGGAGCGACUGGACAAGCAUGUGAAGCAUGCGGACUACGAGCGGCGAAUCGAGCCCUGCGCCAGAGCCCUGGGCUAUAUAUCCCGCCAGCACUUGGGCCAUCUGAUCAAGAAGCUAACCGAACUGGCGCAAGUUGGCGGCAGGAAGCACUCGACGGGCUUCUUCAGCAACCUGCACUUCAUCAAGGACACGCACAAGGAGCUGGAGAACUACAAGAGCAACUUGCUCGUGGUCAAGGCCUUCGGUCGCAUCAUGGACGAAGCCGAUCCGCUGCAGUCGAUCCAGCAUCUCGACGAAGACGACACCCUGCUGGGCUUCCUCAUCCAGCAGCUGGCCAUUCACAAGGACCAGACUAUCAUGUCGGCCAUUCUGCAGACGCUGUUGAGCAUCUGCAAUCAGUUGAUCGCCACCAAGGAGCAGCUGCCGGCGCCUCUGCGUCACCGCAAGCAGAUCAUGGAGACGGUCUUCAACAUCCCCAUCGAGGCGCCCUUCCACGAUCUUCCCCUGCUGCCCACCAUCCUUAAGCUGGGCACUGACUUCAUCCGCAUAGGUGGUCCCGAUACCGAGGAGUGUGUGGAUGGCGGCGUUAUCUUCGAGAUCGCCUGCCGCAACUUUUUUGGCUGCGCUCAGCAGCUUAAGAUGAAGUUCGACUCGCAGGAGGAGGACGAGCGCAACAGCUUCCUGGCCAAGCACCUGAACGAAUCGCUGCCACAACUCAAUUCCCUCGUUCGCGCCAUCGUUGAAUUGGAUGCCUCGCCAGCCACUCUGGACUUGAUCAUCGGCAUUCUGGAGGGCUGGACACGGGAUCGGAACUCCGAGGUGCGAAUCUGCGCCAGCCACGUCUUCAAUAACACACUGGAGGUCUACAUCAAGGCGAUGAAGAUUGGCUGCGAAGCGCCGUCGAAAUUCAAUCAGACGGGUCAAAUGCUGGGCAAGAUUGUGCCCAGAUGCAUCGAUUCGAAUGGAACAGUGCGACAGGUUUCCGUGGAGAUUCUGCAGAAGACGCUGGAGAUCGCGUGCAUCUACGAGACCCUCACCAUAGCCAGCAUCGACAGCACGGCCGACUGGCUGAAGGAGAUCGAGGCCAUCAAGGAGCACAUCAUCACGGAUGAACCGAAGCAGAUUUAUAACCUGGCCGGCGAUAUUGCUAAGAUCAUUGCGCUGCGCAUCUCCAGCUUCCAGUACCUCCAAUUCUGCAAAACUCUCCUCCAAUCGCUUCGUGAUCCCGAGCAGAGUUCCACCAUCGGCGCCAGUGUUGUGCUUAAGUUCUUCAUCCAGCAAAAGGGUUCGGAGCUGUUCCAUGCGAUUCCCGAUCUGGUGCGCGAUAGUCUGCUGGCAUUGCAAGUGUGCGAGGUGCCAAGGGCCAAGUCUGGUGUGCUGAAAGCACUGGUGGCCCUCACCAAGCACCAUCCCAAGUUGGUUUGUGCGGAAAUGCUGGCCCAGCCACUGCCCUACGAUCCCAAUCUGGUGGAGUACUGGCAUCUGGUGUGCAAUGAUCCCGACUUGACGGGCAUAACGCUGGACAACUUCCUGCAGCUGCUGAGUGGCGCUUCUCUGCAGGAAGGCGGCCACGAUGCCAGCCUAUCGGAGCGCCAGAAGCUGGCCAGCGGUCAGCCGUUUGCUAUUUUCUGUGCCCUGCACGAGAUGCUACCCUGUAAAGAUAUAAAAGUGCAACUGGAAGCCAGAUUUGCGGACAUGUUCUGCAUGCUGUUAACCUCGCUGAGCAGCUACACCAACCUGGCGCCUCCGAAUCCUGUGAAUGUUAACCUAAGUCCCAACCAAACGCAGUCGGGCAAAACCAAGUUUGGGUUCGUGCCCAACAAGGAUCUGAUUAAGCUAAAUCCCUGCCAAAUAGCACUGGAAACGUUUCAGGCCUUUCUAACCAACUUGGAAAUGGAGCAGAUCGCCAGCGUACUUACAGUGAACACCCAGUUGGCUAGCAGCACGGAUUGGCAUAACUACAUUGAACUGCUGACACCUAUGGCCAUUGGAUUGGCCCAGCAACUGCAGCUGGGAAGUCCGCAGAUGAGACAGCUCGUCAAUUCGCUGAGCAAAUACGUGGCUUCACCGCACGACGGCCAACGGGUGGCCGCUGUGGGCCUCUUCUCCCGCCUGGUGCCACUGAAACCCACCGGGGAACUGGCUGCUUCCAUUCUGCUCCACCUCGGAGCAGCUCUGUCCGAUCCGAAUGCGGUGGUGCGAGGACUCAGCAUCCAGGGCAUGGGUUACGUGGGCCAGCUGGGCGAAAAGGAAGCUAAGCGCUACUCGGAAACUGCGAUUGGAGCCCUGUUGAAAGGAGUCGACGAUCCGGUGGGCGAUUGCCUGAUCAACAUUCCGCUGGAGAGCAUGCGCGGCUUGUCCGUAAUCCUGCGCGCCCUUCCCAGCGAGCGAGUCGAAUCCUUCCACGUCUCCCUGGCAAUUCGAAUACGUCCGUUCCUCGGCAACUAUGCCUUGGAAAUGCGCGAGGCGGCCAUCCAAUUGUUUGGCGAUAUUUGCGAGGGCAAGCACGAUGACGGCAGCAGUUCACCGACUUCCUCGAUGGAAGCGCUGAAGGAGCAGCUUAUCGCCAAUCUCUUCCCGCUGCUCCUUCAUCUCAGCGAGAACGAGGCGGCUAUUGUGUCCGCCUGCCGAGGAACACUGCAGCGGGUUUGCCGCCUCCUCACCGCUCCGAAGGUCGUCGAGAUGGCCCAGCAGCAGUUGGGAGAGGAACGCGGCCACCAGCUCAACUAUGGGAGCUUUGUUCUGGAGUUCGUCAAGAUGAUUGCCCUUGAGCUUACGGAGCACAUCCAGGAUUUCAUCGACUCGUGCCUGCCGCAGUUGCGUAGCCAGUGGCCAGAGGUUCGGGGCAGUGCGGCCAUCGUUAUUGGCAUCCUGCACAACUUCCUCGGGGAACGAAACGCGCAAACUGAAGCUGUGGCCACCAAGAUCGCCGUGCUGCUCAAGGACGAACAGGCGUUGGUGAGGGUGAGGGCGGCCACUGCCCUAGGAUACUUCUUUGGCGACAUUUAGAACAUGUGGGGGACCAACUCGAUUAAUUAUAGUUGCGAUUAUGUUGUGUGUGUUUGUAAAUUAUGACUUAGUAUUGCUCCAAGUGUGAUCCCAUUGCCUCAGCAACUGUUCCCCAUAUUAUGUUUGAUAUUUAACUCUUUGUUUUGUUAUGUAUUCGAAAGUCACGUUAUAUACUAUUCUAUAUAUAUACACAUACCAUUAUUUA